AUGAAUAGCUACCAUGUCUUACAUAAAGAACGCGAAAUGGCCCAUAAUGCCAUAUCUGAUCCUAUAGAGCCCUAUUGUCUGUCAUACGUUUUAGAAAAACUGCUCGUCAUGUCUACACCAGUUUCUAAAUUUGUGAAAAUUAAUGAAGAUGUCAAUCUUCACUUUAACCAGACAAAUCCCGCAGGAGUUGACUUUACCAAGGUUCCAACUUUGAUCUUUCUUCAUUUCUGGGGCGGUUCGGCCGACACUUGGUCAUCAGUUGUCCGUGCCCUGUCUCCUUCAUUCCCAACUAUUGCGUUAAGCUUUCGUGGCUGGGGUGCUUCUUCAGGGCCUGCCGAAGCUGAGGCUUAUAGCAUUAGUCACUUUGCCUCCGAUGUUGAAGCCGUCAUUCAGAGUCUUGGAUUGACAAACGUCAUCUUGGUUGGGCACUCCAUGGGCGGCAAGGUUGCCACUGCGAUUGCUGGGCGACAUCGUCUUCCAUCGACUAUUUUGAAGGCCUUGGUCUUGGUCGCACCCGCUCCUCCAGGGCCCCUUUCUCUACCUUCGCACAUGAAGGAACAACAGAUUCGUGCCUAUGACAACACCACAAACGCCGAAGCGGUUAUUCGAACCGUCCUUACUGCGCCAGGGAGCCCGGCCCUGACAGAUGCCGUGGUGAGGGAUUUGGCCGGCGAUAUGGUCCGUGGUAAUGAGUUUGCAAAGUAUGCGUGGCCUCAUUAUGGCUCCGCAGAAGAUAUUCGGCCUCUAUUUCAUCUUAUUGAGGUUCCAGUGUUGGUAGUAGCUGGGAAGAGCGACGUUAUUGAAUCACCCGAAAAGAUGAUUACCGAAGUUCAGGAAGAUCUGAAUAGCAGGCGGAGUGGCCUGGCGAAGCUGGUCAUUAUUGAAGACUCUGGCCAUUUGCUGCCUAUUGAGAAGCCUGAUGGGGUUGCCUCCGCGGUGGAAGAGUUUGUCCGAGCCCUAUAA